CUCGAGAGCAGUAGCAGACGUUAUCGGCUAUUUUUUGCCUUUCUCAUAUUUUUGUAGUGCAAUAGUUUUAGGCGGACAAAUGACUACUAAUUCUAGAAGUGGUUCUCUUUUCGACUGUUUGCUCAGUCCCAGACUGUUUGGCGUCCUCGUGGGUCUCAUGAGCCUGUGGGCGAUGCUUGCUUCCAUUUCGGCGUCGGUGUAUCUACUGAUGAAAUACGACGAUGCGAGCGAGCUACCGGAGAGUUUGAAACCAUACUACCAGUAUGCGACUGUCUAUGUUGUCGCAGUCCUAAUAGGGAUCAUAAUCGUCGUAGUUUAUCUGUUCGGCAUUUACAAAGCAAACGAGCACUGUAUGAUGCCGUUCUUAGUGCUACUCGUGGCGGACUUUUUGGGCUACAUUGCAUCUGAGGUGCUGCUGAGAGCUCACAAAGACAAGCAGCCGGAGCAUAAUCAACGAUGGAAGAAGAAUAUUUUUGACACUGCUAUUUUCAUAUGCAUUUUUGCCAUCGUGACCUAUCUUUAUCGAAUUUUCAAGCGCAAAAGGCAUCUCAAGGAGCAUAGGUUGGGUGGUUAUCAGAGCAUUUCUGACAGCGCAGAGAACAUAGCGAUGUAGCUGGCGAAAGAACUUUAUAUUUAUUGAAAUAAUUUUUAGAAAAUAUUAUUAUCACUCAUUGAUUUGUUUCAAACGGAAUAAUGUUGUAGUGAGCGAAAAA